GGAAGGCGGGAGCGGGCAUCAGCGCCGCCGGCCGCGCCGCCCCUUGUCUCGCCUCGCUUCGCCCGGCUGUCCCCCUCAGAGGAGCUCCGUGAGGCUGCGCCUUUCGUCCGCGAUGAAGCGGCGCUUCGGGGGCUGGGCUGUCAGGGCGGACCGGUGGCAAGAUUGGGUAUUCCCUUGAAAAGACCCCAAGUUUGAUCUCAAAUCCUGCCCAUCUGGGAUCUUGAGAAUUAUCAAGAAGCAAGGGCCAUUUGGUUAAGUACUUCCUGCAGACUUCUUUCUCCUCAGUGCUUGGUCAGGUUCAGAGGUCGCUGUUGCUGGGUCUGUACAAGGCCAAGUUUCAAAUGUACACAAAACCAGCUUUGCCUUUGUGGCCCCAGUGGUGGUGUGAGCCAUGAAGUUGUGCUUCAGAUGUGAUGUGUGUCCAGUUAUCCAUUCACAGUGACUCAUUUUGAAAGGGGCACAUUGCAGCUGUUUGUUAGCACGGAGAAACUGGGUUGAAAAGGACCUCUGGUGGUCAUCUGAUCAAGCCUUCUACUCAAGGCAUGUUCAACUAGAUCAGGUGUAUUGUUACUGAGGUACAAGAUGUCUGCUCUGAGGCUGAUUUCUAACAGAACCUCCCAGCAUGCCUUGUCCAACUCUGACUACACCUGGGAGUACGAGUACUACGAGUACGGACCGGUGUCGUUUGAAGGCCUCAAGGCUCAUAAAUAUUCCAUCGUGAUUGGAUUUUGGGUUGGUCUGGCGGUUUUUGUCAUCUUCAUGUUUUUUGUGCUGACCCUGCUGACGAAGACAGGAGCACCACAUCAGGACAAUGCAGAACCUUCCGAGAAGAGAUUCCGCAUGAACAGCUUUGUGGCAGAUCUGGGAAGGCCUCUGGAGUCCGAGAGGGUCUUUUCUCGUCAGGUAGCUGAAGAAUCCCAGUCACUUUUCCACUUCUGUAUUAAUGAAGUAGAACACCUGGACAAAGCCAAACAAAGUCAGAAAGGUCCAGGUCUGGAAAGUACCAUCCGCUUCCAGGAAGGUCCCAGGAGCAGUGGAAUGUUUGAGGAGGACUUAAACUGUCUCACAAAAUUUAACAUCCCCAACUUUGUGAACACUGAGCAGAACUCCUCCCUAGGUGAGGAUGAUCUCCUCAUCUCAGAACCACCCAUCAUUUUAGAGAGCAAAUUGGUCAUGCACUCUUCCCAUCGCAUCCUCGACUGAAAAGUCUUGUACUCGAGGUAAAUACUGUCCUUGGUGUGCAGGCUGAAGCCUUUCCUUGGCCUUUUGGUCUUUGAGAGAGGGUAUUUCACACCUGUGCUUUUUACUGUAAGACUGCCUGUGCUGACAGAACUCGGCUUACACAAGAAGUAAAGCACUGACAGCUUUA